GACACAGCGGUUUCGAUGUCGAGUACGAGCCGAGGUUCGUCGGCGAGAUUCAGAAUGUGACCGUGGCCCAGGGCAGGGAGGCCAUCUUGACCUGCAGUGUGGAGCGCCUGGGGCCCUACAAGGUGGGCUGGCUGAAGGCCGACACCCAGACCAUCCUGACGCUGCACAAGCGCACCAUCACGACCAACCGGCGCAUCUCGAUGACGCACGACCAGCACCGCGCCUGGAGCCUGCACGUGCGACGCGCGCAGCCCUCCGACGGCGGCUGCUACAUGUGCCAGAUCAACACGGUGCUGAUGAAGAAGCAGAUCGGCUGCAUCGCCGUGCGAGUCCCGCCGAUGUUCGACAACGCCGGCACGAGCCGUGACGUCAGCGUGCACGCGGGUCAGAACGUGACGCUGACGUGCCGCGCCGAUGGCGACCCGGCUCCGCGGAUCAGCUGGCGCCGCGAGGACGGCCGGCACAUCCCGGCCGCGGCGCCGCACGCGCACCUCCAGACGGCGGAGCUGCAGGGUGAGCGGCUCCACCUGGUGCAUGUGACGCGCCACCACUCGGGCGCGUACCUCUGUAUCGCCAGCAACGAGGUGCCGCCGGCCAUCAGCAAGAGGAUCAUGGUGAACGUGGCCUUCGCGCCUGUGGUGCGCAUCUCCAGUCAGAUGCUGGGGGCGCCGCGCGGCUCGGAUGUCACGUUAGAGUGUCAGAUCGAGGCCUCCCCCUUGCCGUCCACCUACUGGCUGAAGGGCGGCCUGGCGCUGGACACGGACGAGUUGAAAUAUGUGAUGCGGGAAACGCAUAGCGGCCACAAAACGCACGUGGCCCUGCGGAUCCGGGACUUCCAGCCCGGCGACGCCGGCCUGUACACGUGCAUCGCCAGCAACGCCAUCUCUCGGGCCGAGGGAUACGUUCGGCUUAGCGAGGUGGCGCGACCGACGGCGCCACCGUCGCGGCAGGCCAUCUUGACGCCGGCGCCGCGCCGGCCAGAGCAGCGGCGCCGGCCAAGCGUGGUCACCAAGCGGCCACAGCCGUCACCAAGAGGCCGCACCCCAGCAGCCGCCAGCACCACCAGCACUAGUACCAGCACCACAGCGGCGCCGCGCCGGCCGGACCCGGCGGCAGGUGGCACGACGGCAGUGGCCGACCGUCUGAGGCCGGCGCUGCUGCUAAUUGUCGCUGUCCGGCUCGCCCUUUUCGCUCCCUGAUCAGCAACCGGCCCUCGCACCAGUUGAACGCUGUCGCACUACCUCCCUGCUCGCCCUCUCAAACGGCUGGUCCCGUCACCUGCGACGAAAGUAGGCAAAUGUUGGCGCUAUAUUAUUUAUUCGGUAUAAGAAUGUCAGCAAUGGGAGGAGGUGGGAGGUCUGUUCAAACAAAACGUACCGUGAAAGAUCAGACUACUGCCCAGCUGAAAUUGCGUGAUGCAUUUCGAGAUGUUCUUUAUAACCAUAUUCAAUUCGCAUGCAACACCAGGUCACGGCACGAGAGACUGCAAAUGCAAGUUUGUCAGCAGGCAAUAAACGU